AUGUCCACUGACGUGCAGCCCAUGCAGCAAUCCUACUCGGGAGCCAUGAAAUGGCUCCACUGGGGUAUGGCCGCCGGCAUGAUCACGUGCGUGGCCACCGUCAAGGGUGCCCAAUGGACCAAGGACAAGGCCCUCAAGGGCCAGCUCAUGCUCGUCCACAAGUCCACCGCGCUUCUGGUCCUUGGCAUGCUCGUGCCCCGCCUCGCCGUUCGCCUGGUCUCCAAGAUGCCCGCCGCCGUGCCCGGAGCCAAGUGGGAACACAUUGCCAGCAACAUCAGCCACUUUAGCCUCUAUGCCUUUAUGAUCGUCAUGCCCGUAUCUGGUGUGGCCAUGGGCUACUUUGGCGGCAAGGGUCUUCCCUUCUUCGGCUACCACAUUUCUGGUGCCGGUGCUGACGAUAAGCGACCAGAUAUUGCCAAGAAGGCCUACAACAUCCACACCAAGGCCGGUGUCCUGCUCGAGUACUUUGUGCCCCUCCACAUUGGUGCCGUUGGCUUCCACCUUGCCCGUGGACAGAACAUUUUGGCGCGCAUGGGUCUUGGCUCCGCCACAAGCACGCCAACUGCCGCCGCUGCCGCCGCUGCCAGCAAGACCCUCUGA